AUGAUGAAUGUCUCUAGAUCAUUACGGAUGGCUAUCAGGCCUCUGAUGGGAGAGGCCAGUACAUCCAGACUACAAGCUCCGAUAAGAUUCCACAACCUGAAUGCUUCUAUGCGAUUGCAUUCUUCAGCAAAAGUAAUGGUAGACGACGUAAAGGACGCCAAACAAGUCACACUCGACUCAACAGAACAGCCAACAUCGCCAGAACAGACAACAUCGUCAGAACUGCCAACAAUUGAAGCGGAGGAUAUAGUAGACGCCGAUAAAGUGGAAGCCGAAGCAGCAGCAGAGUCCACCUCCUCAGAAGAAACAGCAAUCGAAGCAGAAACAGAGAUGCCCAAAGAAACUCCCAUCUCCGCUUUUUCACUUCCAACAAUGGCACCUGGUGAAGCAUUACCCGAAAGUUUCAGAGCGUCUCAAAUGUCUGCUUUGCCCGGCUCAGCCAGUCAAAGAGUACCAUAUAGAACUGGAGAACAAAAGCCUCAUAAAUUACACGUUCAAGCGACAAGAAAUAAUUGUAUAAUCACACUUACAGGACAUGAAGGUUCAGUGAUGAAACGUGAAUCUAGCGGUUCUAUCGGAUUCAAGAAAGCAGCAAGAAGUGGAUAUGAAUCGGCUUAUCGAGUUGCCAUUUCAAUGUUUCAACAUAUCGAAACCAAUAAAAGUCCUUGGCGUAUCCAGGGUAUCGAUAUCAUCUGGAAAGGUUUCGGUCAAGGUCGCGAAGCCGUUUACAGAGCUCUUUUGAGUAGCGAAGGAACGCAAAUUCGUAAUCUCGUUCGCAGGAUUAGUGACAAUACUGCACUCAAAGUUGGUGGUACACGCCCUAGAAAGAGAAGAAUGCUGUAA